UAACAUAAUCUAAAGAGUGGUGUGCGUGUGUGUGAGAGAGUGUGCACUCUGUUACACUGCAUCAUUUCCCCUCUUCUUCAGCAUCGUUCUUGGCGUCUCAGCAAAAUCGAAUCUCAAUCUGCACUUAACAACACUGCACUGUUUUGCUGCCAAAAUUACAGCACUGCAAGAGACACAUAGAUAAACCAAGAUGGAGCAACAAAACCAAAAUACACCAGAUGGUUCAGGAGACGUGCCUAUAAAGCGCAAACGUGGUCGCCCACGGAAAUAUCCAAGGCCAGAUUCAGAGGAGAGUUCAUAUAUGGCACUUAGUCAAAGUAGAAAGCAAACUCCUGUUCGUGUUGAACAAGUUCCAGUACCUCCUGGUUUUCAAGCAGUUAAUGGAAAUCAACACCUUCAAAGGGGACAAGAAAGUGAAUCAAAUGAUGCCAUGGUGGGCCAGGUUGUUUCGGGUGUAAUCGAGGCAGCAUUUGAUGCUGGAUUUUUGCUCAGUGUUAGAGUUGGUAAUUCUGAUACUACUUUGAGGGGACUCGUAUUUAAGCCUGGACGUUUUGUUCCUGUUUGCCCUGAGAAUGAUGUUGCUCCAGGUGUUCCAAUGAUCCAAAGAAAUGAGGUUCCUUUUCCUUCAAAACCUACUCAGUUUCAAACUCCUCUCCCAAAGGAAAAGAAUGGACAACCUGUGAGUGCUUGUAGAACAGAAUCCCUUCCCAUGAAUGGGUCACCAUCUGUCCCUCAGGUUCCCAGAGGAGCAGUUAGUACUAGUAACUUGGUUGCCUCUUCCAGAAUGAACGUGAACGUUCCUCCUUUGGUGACUGGCCAAACCAUUGAUCAAUUAGCCAGAGGUAACAUGGGGCCUGUUUUGUUCCAACCUAACUUUUCAAACGAGAUGCCAGUUUCUACUCCACCAUUACAAGUCACUCCAGUUUCUCUAGUGAGUGGAGUGAUUGUGGCCAAGGAAAUUCCACUCGAAGGAAAUCAAGCACUUACCUCUCCUGCUCUAACUAGCCAGAACUCAUUGCCGAGUAGCGUGCAAAGUGAAAGUGUUCCUCUGCAAUAUCAAUCUCCUUCUGAUGCGCUGAAUAAAAUCGCUGAGAAAUCAUCAGCAGUGGCUAGCGUGCCAUUGCAACUGGUUACUGAAAAUGUUAAAAUGAUUGAAACUCCAUCAGAUGCUAUGGAUACUGAGACUGGAAACAGCAUGCCGGGUGACAGUAUAGCGGCCAAGGAUCCCAGCACUAUGCAACAGGAAGACAAAGUCCAUGAUGUGGAUCAACCUGUCUUGAUUAAACCUCUGCAAGCUGUGCAGUCUCAUCUCGAGGAAAAUUCUGAUACAGCUCUCAAAGCUUCAGACUGCACUGGAACUGGCAAAAUGACUGAGCUUUUGCAGGCUUUGCAGAAUAAUCAAACAGAAAACCAGGAAUCCAAAGCAGCAGAGCCAGAAUCUGGAGACAAGUUGGAUGGUAUAAGAAGUUUCGGAACUGGACUUCAAGAUAGUGGAAUUGGAACUGGACUUCAAGAUAGUGGAAUUGGAACUGGACUUCAAGAUAGUGGAAUUGGAACUGGACAUCAAGAUGGAACUGUUCAUUCAACAAACCCUUUUUGAGUAUUGAAUACUUAGUUUAUAAAUUUUUUUAUUAGUGGCUAUUGUGCCAGCAGGAUUAUCCAUCACAAAAUAAUAGUUGAAGUUCCUGGCAAAAGUGAAAUAUUAGGAUUUUCAAGAUAUAAUCUUUAGGUUCGUAAAUAAAUUCAAACUUGCAACCCUUAUUGGGUUUGUGAAUUCAACCUUAAACUUGGAUGUUAAUUACUAUUUUUCAUCAAGCAAUUGUUUUUCAAAACUUAAUUA